AUGUCUCAACUCUCUGCCGUACCAGCUGGCAAUGAAGCUUCAACAAGAGAUAGGGAGCAGCCAAACCCUCUGUCCUUCACGCUCAUCGUUGUUUCCCCGUCAGUUGGAGUCAGCAGCCCUCUCACCUUUGCUUCUCUCCCCGCAACUACGACCGUCCGGCAGCUCAAAGCCAAGAUUCGAGACUCUACCCCUUCAAAACCUUCGAAUGAUCGCCAAAGGCUGAUCUAUCGCGGUCGGUUGCUUGGUCGAGAAGCGGAGACUAUGCUGGAAGUAUUCGGCCAGGAAACUCUCGGGAACUCGGAAUCACAGACCAUACAUCUUGUCCUACGAGAUGUAGACGAUCCAACACCGCCUAGCCAAGCCAAUCCUAUAGCACCUGCUCAAGGCAUGCAAGCACAACAACCCCGUCCUUCACCCCAGCAGGCUCAACAGUAUCAUCAAGUCCUCCACCAGGCCGAACAAUAUCAUAAUAUUAUGACCCAGAGACUGCUACAGCUCCAACACGAGACACAACGCUUGCAGAGGGAGAUGGGCGCGAUUGAACAACGACAUCGUGCCGCGCAGGCAGCUGUAACUGACGGCAUAGCUAAUGGCGAACAUGCGGCGCCAAUUGCCCACCCUCUACCAGUUCCGCAAGCCUUUUCAGCAAACCUACCAUUCGGUUAUAGGCCGCCCCAAGCCAUUCCACCCGCCGUGCAGAAUCUGAUAGCGCAGCAGCAACGAGAUCGAGCUGCAGAAGGUAGGGUUGGAGUUCAAGAUGCUACAGGCAACAGAGCUACUAGCCCUACACAGACUGCAUCUGGUAGAGCAAGUCCUAGCGUUCGUCGACCUGAUCACACCACGACCUAUACCCGUGAAGGUAUUGGUCCCAAUGGAGAAAGGUGGCAUAUGACUGUGAAUGAGACAACUACGACACUUCCAAUUCCCCAGCCUCACUUGCAUUCGACAGGCCACCAUCAACACCCCCCUCUAAACCCUGGUCCUGAUAUCCAGGCAGUUUUACGAAAUGCAGACCGGUACUUAUCGGCCCAGAACAAUAUGAUGGGAAGUGCUUCCAAUCCCGAAGCCUCAACUUUUACACAAGCUGGCCCAUCCAAUAUAGGCCCAGCAGCUGCGCUGCCAGGCAUGCCGGGAUCAAGUACUACUCCUCUCACAACCAAUGGCUCUCCUUCCGCGUCUACGAUCGUGAACCCACCUACGCAAGCAAUCACUCAAGGUUCCAGCACUAAUGUUACUUCUACUUCCACCGAGCCAACGGUAUACCUCGUGUCGUCGCCCCAAGGACCUCGAGCACUUCUAGUGAGCAAUUCAGAGACGUUCUUCACGCCUAGACAACAUUCAAGACGCCACAGAAUGGACUUUGCUGCUACGAAUCAAGAACAGGCUCAGGUAGGAGAAACGUUCGGCCUUCCAGAAUAUCGUAACAGACCGGCAGAUCGACCUCGACGCAAUCGACGUGUUCAAAUCGACCAAGCUGAACAAAUAAAUGGUGGUCAUGCCAAUCCUCCCCAAGGAGUCAUUGGCGUCCGAGUUUGGCAAGCUGUUUGGACGUUGAUCCGAUUUAUUGGAAUGCUCUGGCUUUUUUCGGGCCAUAGCAGCUGGACACGUUGGUUCCUGAUCGGCGGAGUCAGCUUUAUUAUUUUUCUCUUUAAUGUUGGGGCCUUGAAUGGUACGGCCUUGAACGAGCUAUUUCGCCCUAUCAUACGUUAUUUUGAGAAUAGACUUCCAAUGGCUGGACCCGAGGCCGCCUUGGUUCCUGCGGUGAAUGCAGCAAUACCACAACCCGAAGCAGCGCCAAUCCUUCCUGCCGGAAAUGAACAGACUCCGACCACCACAGAUGGCGAGCCCGAGCCCGAUCCAGCUCAAGCCGCCGAAAGAUUGGUUCGACAACAUAGGGAGGCUAACGGAGGCUGGGUUAUGUCUCAGGUUCGACGUGUCGAACAUGCGUUACUUUUGUUUUUUGCGAGCUUGGUGCCAGGUGUCGGCGAACGACAUAUCGCCCACAGGGAGGCAGAAGCGAAUGCCGCCGAAGCAGAGAGACAACGUCGUAUCGCGGCUGCCGAAGCUAUUGCUGCCGCAGCAGAAAACCCAGAAGGUACGGAAGAAGUAACCAGGGCUGAAGGCGAGAAUACGGGGGAGAAUCAACAAGGUCCAGAGAACCAGCCUCAAGGUGAGCAGGCGCCGGCAGCACCUGUACCCUUGAUUGAGGUCUAA